UACCUGCUGGAUGACAGGGAAAUCAAAAUCAAGACGGCGCUCUGGAUGGCAGAGAACUCCGACUACCUCAAAGAGCAGAAAGAAAAGGAGGCGAAGAUAGCGAAGGAGAAGGAGCUCGGGACCUACAAAGAGAAGAAGCCCAGAGGCCCUUCGAAGAAACGGGCCUCGAUCCGAGCGCGCACCGCCGACGAGGCCAUCGGGAAGAUGCUGGAGCAGAAGAAGAUCUCGUCCAAGAUCAACUACGACGUCCUGAAGGACCUCAACAUCAAACCCGGCGCCAGCCCGGCUCGCACGGUCGAGUCCCCGAAGAAGGAGCCGUCUGCCGCCAAACUGACGGGACGCAACCGCAAUCCUGCACGAGCUCCACUCAGCCUCAGCACACCGCUAAGCACCCUGGGAAAAAGCACUUCUUCUGUCGCCCAGAAUAAUCACCUGCGACAGGACGACACACUCCGGUGGGAUUUUGUCUCCCUUUUUUUUUUUUCCCCAGGAUGCACCUUCUCUGCCAGGAUUUGUCUCUGGCUGUUGCUCCCCCUCUCCCUUUCAUGACACGCAUUCAGAGGA